CUCGCUCAGGAUGAAGUGCAUCAAAAACUACCCACGAAGAGACACCAUCUCUUGGUUGGAGGAUGUUGAUCAGGAAAGGACGCGUUUCCUCUGUUUCUUAACCCGCCUCGUCUGUCCGUCUCUCAGUCUCACAGUGCAGGUAAUGCGCCCUCGAUGCCAAACGGGCUGCAGUGCGCACUGGCUGCACAUAUUGCGCGCCUUAUUAUUCUUCUUUGAAGAAGAUUACCCCGUCCCUGUUUGAGUGGGUUAUAUUGUUUUUUGUUCAUCACAGACACUAGAAGAAACAUGUCAAAAGCGACCAAUAAACUUUACUGGAGGCAGAAACUGAAGAACUGAGAGGAAUCUGAACACCUCGCUUUGCAGACUGAGAGUGACUUAUGGGGACUGUUGGUCAUGGAUACAGCAGAUCAACUGAACACGACUCAAGCUGAAGAGUCACGGCUUGAAUUCAACUCCAACUGCUGCUCGACAAUAGCAGCAAUAAAUGAGGAGGACUUUUUGAAGCUGGACGACAGCACAAAGCUGCUUGGAGUCCAGAUUAUUCUCAUCUUCGCCUACAGCACAAUCAUAUUGUUUGGAGUCAUUGGAAACUCCUUAGUGAUAUAUGUCGUCUAUAAGUUUAAAAAUCUACGAACGGUCACCAAUUUCUUCAUUGUAAACUUAGCAGUGGCGGACCUGCUGGUCAACAUGCUGUGUUUGCCCUUCACUCUUGUCUACACUCUGUAUGGCGAAUGGAAGUUUGGCCAGGUGUUGUGCUUCAUGCUGCCCUGUGCUCAAGGCAUGGCAGUGCAUGUGUCCACCAUCACCAUGAACGUCAUCGCCUUAGACCGCCACAGGAGCAUUGUCUACCACAUGGAGACCAAGAUGUCCAAAGACAUGUGUGCUUUGGUCAUUGUCAUCACAUGGGCUGUCAGUGCUCUGUUGGCCAGCCCACUCGCCAUUUUCAGGGAGUACGGGACAUUCGAUCUUUCACCGGACGAGUCUAUUCAGGUGUGUACAGAGAAGUGGCCAGGAAGCAGCAUGAACGGAACCAUCUACAGUGUAUCAGCACUCCUGGUUCAAUACGGUUUACCUCUGGCCAUCAAUUGUGUUGCCUACAUCCGCAUCUGGAAUAAGCUAAAGAAUCACAUGACUUGCGGAGGUCGAAAUGAUCGUCAUCAGCGCAGGAAGAAGACCACAAAGAUGCUGCUGACCAUGGUGGUGGUCUUCGCCGUCAGUUGGUUGCCUUUCCACGCGUUCCAGUUGGCUGUUGAUAUCGACAGCACUGUGUUGUAUAUGAAGGACUUCAAGCUGCUUUUCACUGUGUUCCAUAUUAUGGCUAUGUGCUCAACGUUUGUCAAUCCCAUCCUGUAUGGGUGGCUGAACAACAACUACAGGGCAGCCUUUUUGUCUGUGUUUAAGUGUGACCUGCCCUUCAGUCUAAGGUCAAGACGCUCCAAAGCGGCACAGAAAGAUGAAGACAGGGUUUGUACAGAUUGUAAAUCAACAAAUCUCUAAGUGGCCAUUUGGUUCGUUGAUCUUUUGUGGAAAUGUGGAGUACGUAUAUAUGUCAAAAUGAGGGAUGAUGAAAAUUUAAAAAAAGGGGUGCGACAACAACAAAGGUGGGUCAUACAAUCCCCCCAACCAAUUCUUGUCACUUUGGAAAUAUAACUGCUGGUUUAAAAUAUGUCCUGAAAACUGUUCUCUUGAUAUAUUGAACAAUUUAAAUCUCAAAUUUAGGCACAGAUGAUGUUUAUUUUUGUCCCCCUCACUCUGAUUUUCUCUUUGAACAUUGUUCUGUUACUGUUUCCACAGUGGAGAUGGGAGAAGAUUUAAACUGAUGUUGAUACAUUCGCCUGAGUCACCUUCAGUUAUUACUCUGAGCUCAGAGCAAUAAGGUGCAGCAGCAAGUGCUUUACACACUCAGAUUACAUACAGCCUGCCCCAUCUUAUUGGUAAAUGUUGUGGCUGUGUGCGUUCUGAAAGAAUACCUGUAGACUCUUCGCACGGAUUGAAAAAAAUGAGUUAAAAACAUCAGUAAUCAAAUCAUCUACAUGGUUAUUUAAAGAUACAUUGCCCUAAAAAGUAGCUUGAACACUGGCCAAAUAAGAUUUGUAGUAAAGAUGCAAAUAUAGAAAAUCAGGUGUUUAUAAAGAAAACUAAACAUGAGGUUUACAAAGUAUUUGUGUGUGUGUGUGUGUGUGUGUGUGUGUGUGUGUGUGUGUGUGUGUGUGUGUGUAUGUGUGUGUGUGUAUGCUAUUGUUUUUUCCACUUCCUUGUGUCUUCACCACUUCUGAAGACUACACUCCCAAGGCUACUCCCCUUCGCUUAAAAAUUAACAAUGUAUAACUCUCCUUUUUCUGACCCCUCUCCUCCCCCUAAUAAUUUCCAUACAGUCCUUUAGUAGAAAAAAAGGUCAUAUCUGAGCCACGUUAUAAAGCUGUUAAAUUUUGUAUUUCAACAUGAUACGAGUGAGCGUUUGUAACACAAAAGUCCUUUUCUAUGAGGUGUUUACAUGAUUUUGCAUCUCAUCUCUACAACUACUGUUUCAAGCUAUCAAUAGAUUUGCAUCAUAUGUUCUCAAAAUGUAGAAGUCGUGCUCAUGAGUUCCCACACCUCAAGUCAAUUAUGUUUUUCUCUCCAUUCUGUAAAUGUCUUAAGACUCAUUAUCACUGCCUGACAUGCAGGAUCAUUUCUUGUUGAUUAACGUAUAAAUACCCCUAUAAAUAUAUUGCAGUCUGUAACAUCCUCAUAGUGUCAUUUGAAGUCUUUGCAGAGAGGCGUACAGUCAGAACAGCUAGACCUCGAUAUCAGUAGAGAACAUAGUACAUUAAAUACUCAGAGAUUAUAAUUUAGUCCAUCUGUCUCUCUGUCAAUUAUUAAAUCAUCUGGGGAACGGUGAUUAGGAUAUUUGACAUUGCUGUUUCCUUUAAGAGCAUUUCCACUUGAGCUGAAUAAUGUUUUAUAAUUUUACAUGUAAUAAUUGUAGCGCUGCAGAGAGAAUAUUUUCUUUUAACAUAGAAAAAUUAGUGAAUCACAAAAAAAUCCUGCACGUCUGCACAAGUCAUCCAUAUAUAAUGUAAACAAGAAGGACGGUGAUAUAUUGCUUUGCCUAACACCAUUUCUGAAAUAAAAACAUGCAAGUUUUUUCCAGAUUGAUUUGAAUGAAUGCCUGAAGCAGCUGAAAACACAAAGAUAUCUUAAAAUUGUGACCAUGAUACAUGGCUGAGAUUUUUCAGCUUAAAGAAGAGGCUCAAAUUUAAUAAAUCUGUUUCCAAAAUGCAUUAUAAUAAUUGAAUUGCAACUUUUUUGGCAGGGGAAUCAUCCUUGACAAUUCUUUCACUUUGUUAAAUUGCACUUGAAGUUUGAACAAGGGCAAAUGCCAAUUUUUCUGUAACACGAAAGCUUUUUCACAGCAACCUGGAUUUCAUCUUCAAAUGAAUAAUAUUAAAUGCUUUGCUCUGACAGUGUUCACACAUUUUUACAGGCUACAUCGCUGCAUAAUGUAUGUUAUUCAAACAUAGCUUAAUUGACCUGGCAUACUUGAUUAUACAUGUAUCAUUGUAUACCACUGCGGUAUUGUUACGACCAGUGGUAUCAUUUAAAAU